AUGAGAACUUACCAUUACUUUUGGUUCCUGGUUUGGUUUGGUCCUCUUCACCAAAGUUAUUCUAUACCAUUAUCCAAAAAGACUACUGGCUUUCCAGAAAACCCCAAAGUUUUGGAUUUAUCUAGAAACAGCAGGAAAGAGCUCAGUCGUUCCAAAAGAAGCUGGAUGUGGAAUCAGUUCUUCCUUCUGGAGGAAUACACAGGUUCUGAUUAUCAGUACGUUGGCAAGCUUCAUUCUGACCAGGAUAAAGGAGAUGGUUCACUCAAGUACAUCCUUUCUGGAGAUGGAGCAGGGGACCUGUUCAUCAUCAAUGAAAACACUGGAGACAUCCAGGCCACAAGAAGACUCGAUAGAGAAGAGAAACCUGUUUACAUCCUUCGUGCUCAGGCGAUCGUGAAAAAGACCGGGCGGCCUGUGGAACCAGAAUCAGAGUUUAUCAUUAAGAUCCACGAUAUCAAUGACAAUGAGCCCCUGUUUACAAAGGACAUUUACAAUGCCAGCGUUCCAGAAAUGUCUGAUGUAGGUACAUUUGUCAUGCAAGUCACUGCAACAGAUGCCGAUGACCCCACCUAUGGGAACAGCGCUCGAGUUGUCUACAGCAUUCUCCAGGGACAGCCAUAUUUUUCUGUUGAGUCUGAGUCAGGUAUCAUCAAAACAGCUUUGCUGAACAUGGAUCGAGAAAACCGAGAGCAAUACCAAGUCGUCAUCCAAGCCAAGGAUAUGGGAGGCCAGAUGGGUGGAUUAUCAGGAACCACCACGGUGAACAUCACCUUGACUGAUGUCAAUGACAAUCCACCCCGCUUCCCCCAGAGUGCCUAUCAAUUCAAAAUAGGAGAAUCUGCACCCCUUAAUUCACCAAUUGGACGGAUAAAGGCUAAUGAUGCAGAUGUGGGUCCAAAUGCUGAGAUGGAAUAUAGCAUUCUUGAAGGGGAUGGCUCAGAAAUGUUUGGGAUUACAACAGACAAGGAAACACAAGAAGGCAUUGUAAUUGUAAAAAAGGCUUUGGAUUUUGAAAAGCGGAAACAGUUUACUCUGAAAGUGGAAGCUAGCAAUCCUCACGUGGAUCCCAGAUUCCUCUAUCUGGGACCCUUCAAGGACAUUACUACUGUCAGAAUUCAAGUAGAGGACGUAGAUGAACCUCCAAUCUUCAGCAGACCAGCUUAUAUAUUAGAAGUAAAGGAAGAUGUCCUGAUAAAUACCGUCAUUGGAGCCGUAACAGCCCGGGAUCCUGACAGUGCGAAGAACCCCAUCAAAUAUUCUGUGGAUCGGCACACUGAUAUGGACAGAAUAUUCAACAUCGAUUCGGGAAAUGGAUCGAUAUUUACUUCCAAACCUCUCGACCGAGAAAUGUUAUUGUGGCAUAACAUUACAGUAAUAGCUGCUGAAAUCAACAACCCCAAAGAAAGCAGCCAAGUCCCAGUAUUUAUUAAAGUCCUGGAUGUGAACGACAACGCCCCAGAGUUUGUCAUGUUUUAUGAGACCUUCGUCUGCGAAAAUGCAAAAGCUGAGCAGGUUAGCAGUUUGCCAACCGUCACCUUAAGUGCAGUUGACAAAGACGAUGCUUUCGGUGGGCACAAAUUCUCAUUCUCUUUGGCCCCAGAAGUAGCCAGUAGCUCCAAUUUCACCCUUCACGACAACAAAGAUAAUACAGCUGGAAUCUACACAAAGAAAAUGAGAUAUAACCGCCAUGAAAUGAACAUGUACCUCCUACCAGUGAUUAUCUCAGACAACGAAUAUCCAGUUCAGAGCAGCACCGAGACGGUGACAAUUCAAGUCUGUGCCUGUGACCAAAGAGGCAAAAUGCUCUCCUGCAAUGCCGAAGCACUGAUCCACCCAACGGGCCUCAGCACAGGCGCACUGAUCGCAAUUCUCCUUUGCAUAAUUAUAUUGUUAGUUACCGUGGUGCUGUUUGCCGCACUGAGACGGCAAAGGAAGAAAGAGCCUUUGAUCAUCUCUAAAGAGGACAUCCGAGAUAACAUUGUCAGUUACAAUGACGAAGGCGGCGGCGAGGAGGACACUCAAGCCUUUGAUAUUGGCACGCUGCGGAAUCCUGAAGCCAUAGAGGACAAUAAAUUGCGCCGAGACAUUGUGCCAGAAACGCUGUUCAUGCCACGCCGGACUCCAGUGGCACGAGACAACACUGACGUCAGAGAUUUUAUUAGCCAAAGGUUAAAGGAGAAUGAUACAGAUCCAACUGCACCCCCUUAUGACUCCCUAGCCACAUAUGCAUAUGAAGGCAGUGGCUCAGUGGCGGACUCUCUUAGCUCUCUGGAGUCGGUGACCACGGAUGGAGACCAGGACUACGAUUACCUCAGCGACUGGGGGCCUCGUUUUAGGAAGUUGGCCGAUAUGUAUGGUGGCGAAGACAGUGAUAAAGACUCCUAAUUAUGUUGCCUUUUCCUUUUUCAAGAAACAGCAGUGAAAUGUGUGAUGUCGAUACUUCUUUCUAUAUAUCAACCGUUCUCGGAAAGGGUUCUCUAAACCUACUGGUUUGAAUUGUUUCUUGACUGCAGUCUUUGUGGAUCUAAUGCCAUUCCCACUGUAAUUUCAGCUUCCGAGAGAGGAAGAAAACCCCACAAAAACCUUUGUUAUUUUUUCCAAUCACGUUUCUAUUUAGGCAGUUCAACGGCCAAGCGGCGAAGCGAUUGAGGGAAACCCCCCCCCCCCAAAACAGAUAUGGAACACUAGUUUUAAUAUGUUUCUGCUAAUUUUGUAAAUGGGAUUAUCUUAAUGUUAUAGCUCACCAAAUAACCUAUAUUUUAAUUAUUCACCCAAGACACAUUUUUAUGCAAAUUAUAUAAUGAGCACCCUAUUUUAAGGAAAUGGUAUGGCUUAUCAUAUAUUAUAGAAAAAGAGUGUAGGUCUCUUAAAAGCUACAAGGGAGCUACAGGUUGUUCUCACUUAACAAACACUUGUUCAGUGGCAUUUGAAGUUACAAUGACACUGAACGAGGGGGUUUAUGGCCAGUCCAAGCCUUGGAGUUGGGCCAUAAUAGCAUCCCUAUGAUCACUUGAUCUCAAUUUGGGCCUGUUGCAGCAUCCCAUAAUCAUGUGACCAUCAUUUUCAACCUUCACUCUGGCUUCCCACAAACAAAAUCGAUAGACUUGCAACAGUAAAUUGAAAGUAACAUUUGGCUUAAUGACCACGUGGGAUUCAUUUAACAACACAGCUGGAAGUGCUGGAACUGCCAUGUUAAGUUGGCCUGGUCAAUGUGAUGAUUGGCUUUACCACUGCCUCACUUAACGAUGGGCUUGUUGGUUCCAUUUAUCGUCAUUAAGUGACAACUACCUGUAGGAUACUUUUAAAGAAAUUCAAUGGUCUUUUGAAUGCUAGGGUUAAUUUUGAAUUGGUCACUUUCCUCAAACUAUCAAAACUUAAUAAUAAUGGACAAUCAGAAGUUAGAAGAAAGGAGAGAGAUGUUUGUGUAUAUAUAUGUGCCUGGUAAGUGGUCCUAGCCAAUUGGGUACGAGGGCUACAGUAAUGUACUUUAAGAGAUAUUCUAUUCCUGGAAAGUAGUCUGUUAGAUAAGGUAAUGUAUAGGGAUUGUAACAACGUGUAUCAAGAAAACUGAGUAUUGCUGAAAAUACGUAUUUAUUUCAAGUAAACCAACUUAAUAAUAAUUAGAGUAGAAUAAUUGAAAUCAAUGAAUUUCAAGUUAGAAAUAUCUAAAUUAAUUCCCACUGAUUUUAGUCACUCUGUUUUCAGCAGGAGUAAGUCUGAGUCCGAUCUAUAAUAUAUAAAGAGGGUUCCUAAUCUGUAUUUUGUGAGCUCAAUCCAUAUUAAUUAUUGCUCAAUACCACUCAUAUCAGCAAAACAAAGGCUGUUAUGUUCUCUUUAUCAUUCGCCACUUGCUCAGCUGGUGGAUUGCUGUUAUUUCUACCUCCUGCUUCUUAACAAAAUACUCUGGUACUAGAGCCUAGGAUUAAGCUGACAGUAGGUACUAUAUUGUGCAGCAAGAAAAAGACAUGGGAGAAAUAAGGAACUAGUCCCAAGGGAAUGCCUGGCUAAGCAAGCAGCCAGAAGUUGCAUUUGAUGCAACCUCACCUUCCAAUAAUAAUCCAGUUGAGGACUGGUUCAUGCUGCGAGGUGGCGCAGU